AAUAAUUGAAUUCCAUUUCCAACUGUUCAUUAUCGCUCACACUAUAAAUUGACUCUUCCCGUUUUCCUUAGGUCACAUGUUAACAAAACCAUUUCUUUAAAUAGCAAAUAUCAAUUCAUACUUACUCCUCUUAUCUGUAUUGCAAUUUGCAAACUAGACUUUUUCUUCCUCACACACGUUGAUCACAAAAACUGUUUUCCUUUCCCUUCCAAAAUGACACUCAAACUCUCACUACACUUUCAUCACACCUCUCCCCUCAAAAUCUUCAACUUCACAUCACCUUCUCACUUACCUCUCCGCCGUUUCCACGUAACUAAUUCCCUUCUUAACGACACUGUUACUAUUUCUUCAAACUUAGUCUUCGCGGCAUCAAAACAUCCUCGCAUUGGGAUUUUAACCACUUGCGUAGUUGGAAGUCAUGAACAAAAUGGCGAAUCCGAAGAUGAAGACUGUUGUGAAGAAAUGUGCGAGAUAAAAGAACUAUCUGAGCAGAGUGUGUGGAAUCAGAUGAAGGAAAUUGUGAAGUUUACUGGACCAGCUAUCGGGUUAUGGUUAUGUGAUCCACUCAUGAGUCUCAUUGAUACCGCAGUUGUUGGUCAGGGAAGUUCAACUGAGCUAGCUGCUUUAGGUCCUGCAACAGUUGUUUGUGAUUACAUGACCUUAACUUUCAUGUUUCUGUCGGUUGUUACAUCCAAUAUAAUUGCUACUGCCCUUGCUAAACAGGAUAGAGAGGAUGUGCAGCAUCACUUGUCUAUCCUGCUUUUUAUUGGGUUGGCUUGUGGCUUGGUGAUGCUUUUGUCUACAAAGUUAUUCGGUGCAGCAACACUUUCCGCUUUUACUGGGCCAAAGAAUGCACAUGUAGUACCUGCAGCUAAUACUUAUGUGCAGAUUCGAGCCUUGUCGUGGCCUGCUUUACUUGUUGGAUGGGUGGCUCAGAGUGCAAGUCUUGGUAUGAAAGAUUCAUGGGGACCCUUAAAGGCUUUGGCUGCUGCAAGUAUUAUAAAUGGAAUUGGUGAUAUAAUUUUGUGCAGCUUUUUAGGCUAUGGUAUUGCAGGGGCAGCAUGGGCUACAAUGGCAUCACAAGUUGUUGCUUCAUAUAUGAUGAUUCAAACCCUAAAUAAGAGGGGAUACAAUGCAUAUGCCUUCUCCGUUCCUUCAUUGAAGGAAUUUCGAACAAUACUUGGUCUUGCUGCUCCUGUAUAUUUGACAUCAAUAUCAAAGGUGGCUUUCUUUUCUCUACUUAUAUACAUUGCUACAUCAAUCGGUACACAAACAAUGGCCGCUCAUCAAGUCAUGAUUCAAAUCUACAUGGCGUGUACAGUGUGGGGCGAACCUCUCUGCCAAACAGCACAAUCAUUUAUGCCUGAGUUAAUGUAUGGAGUAAAUAAGAAUUUGGCAAAGGCCCGAUUGCUACUAAGGUCACUAGUGAUUAUCGGAGCUAUACUUGGAUUGUUGUUAGGGAUUAUUGGAACAUCUCUUCUUUGGUUAUUCCCAUACAUAUUUACAUCUGAUCAGAUGGUCAUCCAGAAGAUGCAUAGGACACUGAUUCCGUUCUUUGUUGCACUAGCUGUGACACCCUCUACUCGCAGCCUGGAGGGAACAUUGCUGGCAGGACAGGAUUUAAGAUUUUUUAGCUUGUCAACAUGUGGAUGCUUUUUUCUGGCUGCUCUAUUAUUAUUGAUCUUUAGUAGAUAUGGUUUGCAAGGAUGUUGGUUUACCCUAGCUGGAUUUCAGUGGGCUCGGUUUUCAGUGGCUCUUUUGCGCCUUGUUUCUCCUAACGGCAUUUUAUAUUCGGGAGAGGCAAGUAUAAACCAAAAGUUGAGGACCGUCUAGCUUCGAGGAAAAGUCAUUUAUAAAUGCAUAUUCAUGUAAACUUGGGAAUUUGGUUCUGUGCACGUGAUGCGGCAAUUAUCAAAUAAUGAAAUUUAAUGAGAUUGUCUGAAAUGCUUUGUCAUGCCUUGCAACAACAGUCUCAAGAUGUAGUUAGUGUUAGGAAUCUUGAUCCAUACAGAGAAACCUCCAUAUUUAGGAAAAACAAAGAUCACUGUCUUUGAACAAUCAAAUAGUGAUCAACUACUAUCCAAGGCCAUUCAAACAAAGCAUAGUUGUAAUCUUAUUCAAAUUCUCGCGAAUAUCCUCCCCAAGAUUGAGAAGUUUAUCUUUAUAUGUCGUUUCAUGAGCUUGUUUUCUUCUCA